AUGCUCGUUUCUUCUGAAGAUGCCAAACUUGGAGGUUGGGUCUGCGCCGGUUUAUCCUUGGUGAUAUUGAUUAUUCGGAUCAUUGCAGCGAGAAUACACCAUGGAUCUUUCGAUCUCAGCACUGCUAUCUGUGUCGCUGCGGUCGUCGCCGUCGUGAUUCGCCUUAUCGUGAAUCAAUUCGUCCUUACCUAUGGAACGUCGAACGACGCGCUCAAUGGCAAAUCAACAUACUUCAACUCCGAGGAUCUCGAAAAUCUCAAGAUUGGAAGCAUUUUAUCACUGAUCGCGCGACUUCUGAUCACCACGAUUUGCUGGCUUCAGAGUUGCUUGUUGUUGCUCUUCUACUCUCGGAUCUUCGAGAUCAGGGCGAAAUGGACCACCAGACUCAUUCAAAUUUGCUGGAUGGCAAUCCCUGUGACCUAUGUUGGUGUGGUACUGGCGACUUUUCUCGAAUGUCAGCCAUUCCAUCUGUAUUGGCAGGUCAAACCGAGUCCGGGAAGAUGUAUCAGAGCCUAUAUCCAGCUGCUUCUCCAAGGAAUUUCAAACAUUGUUCUGGAUUUGCUCUUAUUGGCGAUUUCUUACCCGCUUCUUGCUGCGGUGCGCCAACGAAGCCUUUCGGAGCAGCUCAGAGUCGGGACAUUGUGUUGUCUCGGGGUCUUUUGCAUCGUUAUCACACUGGUCCGCAUCGGGUACAUUUACGCCGAGCAGUCGUAUCAGCCGGUGCGCAGCUUCUUCGCUUCUGUUCAAAUAGCUGCUUCCUGCUUCGUGGCCAACGUACCCACGAUCUAUGGCUGUGUUAGGAUGAUCAGAAGGCGCAAAUCGCACCAAAUGCAGAGAAGGGGGAGUCGGCCGGAAGUUUGGCUGCAGCUUCAGGUCACCAAUGAGAGUAACACGUCCGCCAAUGUUCCAGUCUCUAUGCGAGAGACCAGUUCGUCAAACGAAUCGGAGAAGAAGUGGUCACGCUUGAUCCCGUAA